UUCAAUGACGCUGAACCUGUGCUGCCGAGAAAGAUGGCGUCGGUAUCAGAAAUGUACGAUGUAACCUGGGAAGAAAUGAGAGACAAGCUGCGGAAGUGGAGGGAGGAAAACCACAGAAACAGUGAGCAAAUCGUGGAUGUUGGUGAAGAAUUGAUAAAUGAGCAUGCGUCCAAACUUGGAGAUGACAUAUGGAUAAUUUAUGAGCAGGUGAUGAUCGCUGCGCUGGACUGCAGUCGGGAUGAUUUGGCUUGGACUUGUCUACAGGAACUGAAGAGGCAGUUUCCAGGUAGCCAACGAGUGAAGCGAUUAGCGGGCAUGCGGCUGGAGGCUUUAGAAAAGUACGAGGAUGCCAGCAAGCAGUAUGAUUCAAUACUGCAAGACGAUCCCACCAAUACGGCGGCGAGGAAGAGGAAGAUCUCGAUUCUGAAGGCCCAGGGGAAGAGUGCCGAGGCCAUCCGCGAGCUCAACGAGUAUCUGGAGCAGUUCGUCGGUGACCAGGAAGCGUGGCACGAGCUGUCGGAACUCUACAUCAACGAGCACGACUAUGGAAAAGCAGCUUUCUGUCUGGAGGAGCUGAUGAUGACUAACCCUCACAAUCACUUGUACUGUGAGCAGUACGCUGAGGUGAAGUACACCCAGGGGGGGCUGGAAAACCUGGAGCUGUCCAGAAAGUAUUUUGCCCAGGCUCUGAAGCUGAACAACAGAAACAUGAGGGCCUUGUUCGGUCUGUAUAUGUCAGCAAGCCACAUUGCUGCCAGCCCCAAAGUGAACGCCACGGUGAAAAAGGCCAAUGUGAAGUAUGCUACUUGGGCCACCAAUCAAAUCAACCGAGCCUAUCAGCUGGCCGGUCGCGGGACAAAGGAGAACAAAUGCUCCGUGAAGGCCGUGGAGGAGAUGCUGGAGUCCAUCACCAUGUCCUAGGCCCCACCCCAACUCUUACCCCCC